AUGGUGUCCGUCAGCUCCAUCCUGGCUCAGAUUUUGCUGGUCUCCUGCAGUUUUCUGACGGGCCAUUGUUCUCAACCAAAUUGCACAUCCGUGGAUGACUUUGGUGACUGCCUAGGAGAUCUAGAUGACUUCUGUCCCAAAGGUAUUACUUGUGCAUGCAAAGAUGAAAUACCUUUCUGCAAAUGCCCAAAUUUCAGAGGUCAGUGGGGAGAUUACUGGUACAUGGGCGCCAAAUGUGACCAGCUCUGGAAUACCCUAGACCUGAUUUUAAUAGCAGUGCUCCCUGGGAUAGGGCUGGCUUUAAUAGUCGGUGUAAUAAUGCAGACUGUCCACUACUGCCAAAAGAGAUCUAAGCGGAAUACGAGGGGCCGGUUGGGACGGAAUGAAGUCCAGAGAGCCUCUUCCCAGAGCUCCGAUCCAUUCCAGUCAGCCACGGCACUCACUGGGUACCCGAAGCAUGAUGCCCCUCGCUCCCGACCCCCAACAGCCUUGCUAUCUCACCUGCAUGCCAUUUUAUGCCAUUUUAUGCCAGCAUCCCCACAACAAGGCUUCUCCGAUGAUGGUGGUGGUGGUGACGGUGAUGAUGAGGACAACGAUGAAAGGUUUACAAAGCGCUUUUUACACAUUACUUCAUUCGAUCCUCCUCACAACAGCCCGAUAAAGCGGAGAUUCCAGCAUGGAACAUUGAAUUCUUGCUUGCCUCUGCACGAGGUUCCCAGCUCCUACUUCUUCCUUGACUUCCAUCUCUUUAAAGGCCCAGGAAUGAUGAGAACGUGGGCGAUGAUGGAAGAUACGGGCUUGGGAGGAGUGCAGUGGUUUCUCCACAUUGUGAAUCAGUCCUUAACUGUAAAAGCAAAGGCCGCAUCUCUGCAGAGCUGGCCAGGACUUCCUCUCUUGUUUUUGGAGGCUGAGGAACGGAAGCUGGUAGUGAAAAGGAAUGAGCUCCACUAUUCUCUAGCCCCCUCGGCCCACCACCUAGAGAACCUACACAGGCUGCUAGAAGUCUUCUCCUCGUCAUUCUUCAACCCGAUGCAUGCUAGGACGGGGCUGUUAUUCUACUCUCCCCCUUUUUUCUGCUUAUAUGUGGCCUCGAUUAUGGCUUUUAUGUCACAUCACGGGAAGGUUGAUAAGCUGGAGAGCACACGGAGGAGGGCAGCCAGGAUGAUGAAGCUCAUGCCACGUGAGGACCGCCUGAAAGAACUGGGGGUGCUUAAUCUGAAGAAGAGGAGAUUUAAGGGGGAACCUGCUAGCUCCGUCCAAGAAAAGUGGAAAUCGCCAACACGAAAUGCCUUACCAGGAAGUCCUACUUCGCCACAAAUGCAGUUUUCUCCAAGAGACUUUAGAGAAGACGGUCAUUAUGUGCAUUUAUCUUCGGACCAGUUUGUGUUUCCUGAUGAAGAACCAAUGGAAAACAUCUCUUUUUCCGAUUUGAACAUGGAUCUUCCAUCCAUAUUUGCGAAUGAACUUAGUCCCAGUAUGGAUCCAGGUGGUGGAAGUCUUGGAUUGCAGCCACAGGAAUCCAAAGGGCCCCAUACUGUAACAAUGCAGGAUUUGGCGUCUGGAAUGGCUGGUACUGCGCGUAUCGACGGAGACCAUAUUUUUGUAUCAGUUCCUGAAGCUCUAUUAGUUUCUGAUGUUGUCACGGAUGAUGGGAUAAAUCUUGAUCAUGGCCUUGCAUCUGAAGUUGCCCAGGGGCCUGAUAUCGUCACAGAAAAUGAUUUUGUAACAGAAGGUGUGUUUGUUCCUGAAUCUGUUCUGGAAGCUGAUAUUGCCAUUGAAGAAAUUUUAGGUAUUAGUGAUCACAUUUUGACUUCUGACCUAAUAACAGAAACUGUUAGAUUACCUAACCAGAUUUUUGUGGCUGAUCUUGUUACUGGUCCUGAAGGACAUUUGGAACAUGUGGGCCAGGAUUCUGUGUCAGGAGCUGAUUCUCCCACAAUAGUAUCAGAGGAAGUUCUUGUAACCAGUUCAGAUACAGAAGCUGUGAUUCAAGCAGCCAGUACUCUUCCUGGUUCUACAGUUGCUAUAAAAACGGAAGAUGAUGAUGAUGGCAAGAGCACUUCUGAAGACUACUUAAUGAUAUCUUUGGAUGAAGAUGCAGAGAAACUAGACCAAAUUGCAAACCCACCAGUAAAAAUCAACACUGAAGCUUCCAAUGAUGAUGUCACUAAAGAAGAUGAGUUUGGUUCAGAAGUUAUAAAAGUAUAUAUUUUUAAAGCUGAAGCUGAAGAUGAUGUGGAAAUAGGUGGAACAGAAGUUGUUACAGACAGUGAUUUCCACAAUGGACAUUCUAUCCCUGGAGUACUUGAACAGCAGGGAUGUGUUGGCCAAUUGCAGCGGGAGAAGAUGGUUUACAUGGCAGUUAAAGACUCAUCUCAUGAGGGUGACGAUCUCAAUUGUGCUGACAUAGCUGAUGAAGUUUAUAUGGAAGUCAUUGUAGGGGAUGAGGAAGCCCCUGCUCUUCCUGAGGCCCAGCUGGAAGAUUCUGGUGUGAAUAAAACAUUUGUUCCUGUGGCCUGGGCUGCAGCAUAUGGAGAUGAAAGUCUUCCCCAGAGGUAUGAAGAAUGUGAGGCAUCAGGAAAUAAUUUGGACACCAGAUUAGAAAAUAAAGAUGGUACCUCAGCACAGUACCUUCAGAUUUGUGAUAGUGUUAACACAAAUAAAGCACUUAAACAGAAGUCCAAGAGAAGGAAACGGGGAGAAAGCAGGCUAUGGCAAACAGCUAUUAUAAUUGGUCCUGAUGGGCAGCCUUUGACUGUAUACCCUUGCUAUAUUUGUGGGAAGAAGUUUAAAUCCAGAGGAUUCUUGAAAAGACACAUGAAGAAUCAUCCCGAUCAUAUGAUCAAGAAAAAAUACCAAUGUACAGAUUGUGACUUCACAACUAGUAAGAAAGUAAGUUUUCAUAACCACUUAGAAAGCCAUAAGCUCAUAAAUAAAGUUGAUAAAACACUUGAACUCACAGAAUACACAAAAAGGUACAAAGAAGCUAGUCCAUUGAGUUCAAACAAGCUUAUAUUAAGAGAUAAAGAGCCUAAAAUUUAUAAAUGCAAAUACUGUGACUAUGAAACUGCAGAACAAGGACUCUUAAAUAGACAUUUACUCGCCGUUCAUAACAAACAUUUUCCUCAUGUUUGUGUUGAGUGUGGGAAGGGAUUCCGUCACCCCUCUGAACUUAAGAAGCACAUGAGGACCCACACAGGGGAAAAGCCAUACCAUUGUCAUCACUGUAUCUUUCGGUGCUCUGAUCAGUCCAAUCUUAAAACUCACAUGAAAGCCAAACACGGCACUGUUUUACCAUAUAAAUGUGAGCACUGCCCCCAAGCCUUCUCUGAUGAAGCUGAGCUUCAGCAGCACCUGGAGUUAUUUCAAGGACAUAAAACACAUCAGUGCCCUCACUGUGACCACAAGAGCACCAAUUCAAGUGACCUUAAGCGACAUAUCAUUUCUGUCCAUACUAAAGAUUUCCCCCACAAAUGUGAAGUGUGUGAAAAGGGCUUUCAUCGUCCUUCUGAGCUCAAAAAGCAUGGUGAAACCCAUAAAGGUAAAAAAGUCCAUCAGUGUAGACACUGUGACUUUAGAACAUCAGAUCCAUUUGUGCUCAGUGGCCAUAUCCUCUCUGUUCAUACCAGAGAUCCCCCUUUAAAAUGUAAACGGUGCAAGAGAGGAUUUAGGCAGCAGACUGAACUUAAGAAGCACAUGAAGACCCAUAGUGGAAGGAAGGUUUACCAGUGUCAGUAUUGUGACUAUAAUACUACAGAUGCCUCUGGCUUUAAGCGACAUGUAAUCUCCAUACAUACAAAAGACUACCCACAUAGAUGUGAAUAUUGCAAAAAAGGAUUCCGUAGGCCAUCAGAAAAAAAUCAACAUAUAAUGAGACACCAUAAAGAGACCAUUAUAUAA